AUGAGCCCGAGCGGAUACCAGGAAGUGCAAAUGGAAGCGACUAAGAACGCGAGUCUAAAGGGAGAAACCAAGGCACCUGUUCUUGGCUACUGCGACAUGCGCGGAUUUGCGCAGCCUAUCCGAAACCUGCUCGUCUACAAGGGGGUCGAUUUCGUGGACAAGCGGUACAAGUUAGGCCCGGCGCCCGGCUACGACCACGAGGAAUGGCUCGGGGAGAAGUUCACGCUAGGACUCGAGUUCCCCAACCUGCCCUACUACAUCGACGGUGACGUCAAGCUGACCCAAAGCUUGGCCAUACUCCGCUACCUUAGCAGGAAGUAUGGCCUGGCCGCAAAGUGAGGGA